ACUUUCAAGAUACACAACUAAAAAUGUCUGGAAGAGGUAAAUCAGGAAAAACUAGAGCGAAGGCCAAGACUCGCUCUUCCCGUGCUGGGUUGCAGUUUCCUGUUGGCCGUGUUCAUAGAUUGCUCCGUAAAGGAAACUACGCGGAGCGAGUCGGUGCUGGAGCUCCUGUUUAUUUGGCGGCCGUGCUUGAGUACCUGACAGCUGAGAUCUUGGAGUUGGCUGGAAACGCAGCCCGCGACAACAAAAAGACCAGGAUCAUCCCCCGACACCUGCAGCUGGCUGUCCGCAACGAUGAGGAGCUCAACAAACUGUUGGGUGGAGUGACCAUCGCUCAGGGUGGUGUGCUGCCCAACAUCCAGGCUGUCCUGCUGCCUAAGAAGACCGAUAAGCCCGCUAAGAGCAAAUAAACGUCCGCUUAGCAUUCAAUGAUCCAAAGGCUCUUUUAAGAGCCACCCACUUAUUUCCAGAGACAAUAUUCUUUUAGUUAAACAAGUUAUGUAUUUGAUUCAGUAAUUAUUACCUUGUUUUGGUCCUUGAUAAACAACAGCACAUUAUCAAGUGUAUAUACACUUAAAAAGUAACAUGCAUUGUCAAGCCCCACACAUCUAUAAAUUGUCCACGUGCUCUAAAGGAGCUGCUUACUGUUUUUCCAUCAUAAAAUGCCCAAUAACAUAUAUUUGGUUGCAUGUAUACACAUCUGUCACUGUGAGGGUCCUUACA